AUGGGGAAGAAGAAGGGAGGCAAAGGCGCGGAGAAAAAGAAUGGCGAGGGCAAUGGAGUUUGGCUGACUUCUCCAGACGUGAGGGAAAAUGCGGAGUGGGAGGCCUAUUAUCUUCAGCAGAAAAUCGUGCCUGACGAGGAAUGGCCAAUGUUUCUCGAGUGUCUCCGGACAGAUUUGCCGACUGCCUUCCGCGUAGUCACGUGUACGCCUCACCAACAUUACAUUCGGGCGUACAUACACCAGACGAUGGAGCAACUAAAGAGGGACGAAGCGGCCGGAGCCCUUCCCGAAGCUUGUCCGAGUUCGUUUGAUCCGCCAUCUUCUCGCUCCGACAUCGCUUCUUCUGGAGAAACAAAUGUGCCGGCUUCAACGUCUUGCUGGCGCAGAGAAGCGAAACUGAGUCAGGCCUUUCGAGCGAUCUCUUGGUUCCUUCAAGGCUCCGAGGCAUUCCAAAUCGACGUCUCUCGCGCAGCCUUGAGAUCCUGCAAGCCACUUUUGGCGUUCCACCGCUUCCUCGUUGCCCAGUCGGAGGCUGCGACCAUCAUGAGGCAAGAGGUCGUCAGCAUGAUCCCUGCUCUGUUUUUUGACAUCAAGGCGGACUCGUGCGUCCUAGACCUCUGUGCGGCGCCCGGAUCCAAAACGUCGCAGCUCCUCGAGCGCAUGCAUGUCGUCCACAAGAAGGAGCGCGAGCAGGCGAGACUGAAUAGUUUGAGAGGUCAAGAGAAUGGAGUCUCUUCGGUUCGACGAGGUUCUCUCGACUCCGAAAUAAGCGCCCUCGUGCCGCCGGGAUUGGUGGUUGCCAACGACGCAGACUCUGGGCGGGCGCACAUGCUCAUUCAUCACCUCCGGCACAUUCACUCGCCCUGCCUGCUCGUUACCUCUCACUCGGCGCAGUUCUUUCCAGCGAUUUUAGUGCCGUCUGCGACGCCCCCUGAGUCUCCUGUCUCCACUGUCUCGGCUGUCUCAUCGAAUUCGCCGGAGCGCGCCGCUUGUCCCUCGCCGCCGGGUCUCGAAGACCGCGGUGGCGCCGUGUGUCCGUCGGCGUUUCUCCGCCCGCACUUGCGGCCGCUCCUUUUCGACUGCGUCCUCUGCGAUGUGCCUUGCAGCGCCGACGGGACGCUCCGGAAGGCUCGGAGUCUCUGGACGCGAUGGCACAGCAACCAAGGCCUAGGCUGCCACCGCCUGCAACUCCAGAUUCUCUUGAGAGGCAUCAAACUCUGCAAAGUAAAUGGACGAAUUGUGUACAGCACCUGUUCCUUUAACCCCGUUGAGAACGAAGCCGUCGUCGCAGCAGCCUUGGAAAAGACAAAGGGUGCUGUCGAACUUGUGGACUGCUCUGGCGUCUUACCUACUCUCCAGAGACGCCCUGGACUAAAAACAUGGCGCGUGUACUGGCAAAAGGAAUUCUACGAUCGGUUCGAAGACGUUCCACAAACCAGCGCAGCUCGACAGAAAGUCCGACCCACAAUGUUUCCGCAGUACGCCGCCUCGAAGGCGGGUGAGGGGAAAAACAGACAGGACGGCCUGCCCCUCCACCGGUGCAUGCGUUUUCUCCCUCACCUCAACAACACAGGGGGUUUCUUUGUUGCCGUUCUUGAGAAGAAGAGACACGUUCCUUUCCAUGUGAAGUCGCGAGCAGCCGACGCCGACACAGAGACACCUGAGGGAGCAGACGUGGACGGCAAUCUGCCUGAGGGUGACGAUGAAGAAGAGGAAGAAGAGAGAGAGAAUGAUGAUCAGGAGGCUGAAAUGAAGCCUGCUGCGGGAUCCGGAAACGGACCAGAGAAGUCGCUGAAUAUGGGCAUUCAAGGCUCACGAAAUGUCGGAGGUAGCACGACAUCAAGGAACUGCGAGGCUCCGAGAACUCUGGAUCAGCUCCAGCUGGACUUCGUCUCUCUUGGGUGGCCACAAAGCUUCGUUGAGAAGCAGCAGCACCAGUAUAGACGGAAAGUGCAACAGACUCGCGCAGUCGAAGCGGCACGCGCGACGUAUGCUGAGUCGGCAGCUUCUGGGGAAAAGGCAACGCAAGAAUGUCCGGUCUCGGAGGCUGUUGGCCGCGAAGAAGGCGAGAACGAAGGCUCAUGCAUUCACGAAGAAAAGCUCAAGGCGGCCUGGCGAGCUGCGUGUGCAUCGAUGGGCGUGCCGAAGGAGUGCGCUGUCGAAGCGGAGGCACCCAUGCGUUCACACGAAGAUUCAGGAGCCGAGGGAGGAAUGAACGGCGAACAGAGGCGUCUGCGACUGCUGCAGGAACUCCGAGCCUGUCUCUUCGUCAGACGCCGAGGCGAGGGUGAAAACAUCAGUAUGGCAAGAAAGAAACCUAAGCAUGAAAAUGCAGGCACGUCACGGGGAACCCCCGCUGUUUGCGAAGUCGAGACGGGGAACGCGAUGGAGCAUACGGGUGUUGCCGACAUUGUGAAAGACGAAAAACUUCUUCGAACUGUGUGGUUUGUGUCCCAUGGCGUCGAGCGAGCCUUGAGCGGAGUAGGCAGGUCUCGGUACAAAGUGGUGAGCGCAGGGUGUGUGGCUUUCCAGUGUCGGAAUUCCAGCAAGUAUCGCCUCUCGUACGGCGGAGCUCAGUGGCUUGUUCCGUUCGUCGAUGUUUCUGAUUGUGGGGAAGCGGAAGCCGAGCGAAACUGCGGUAACACGGGGGCUGUCUGUCUCCACAGGGGAGGAAGCACAGGCAAACCAGAUCAGACGUGGGACGGAAAACAACCUUGUUUUGGUACGCAGGGCCAGGGAACAAAGGAGGGGCAUGUUGUCUUGCGGAUCAGCAACGAAUUGAUGAUGGCUUUGUUGGGUGCCGAAGGCGCGCCUCCUCGGGUUGAUAUGAGCACUCUGAAACAUCUUCAAGGAGGGGCAGAGCUCCGUCAGAGCACAGAAGAAGGGCCUCUCGUGCUCGUUACGACUGUUUUGUCAGAGAAGGUUGUUGAGGAAAGCGACGUGAGUUCUCAGGAGAAAGGCAGUGGUUUUGACAAGACCGGCGUGGCUGCCUUUAGUGGUUCUGGCGAAGCACACGGCGAGCCGGCGAAACCGACAACACUAAUUGCUCCCGCGUGGCGAGGACGCUCGAACAUUGAGAUCAUGGUUGAUGCGCAUACUUGCCAUGCACUGCGAUGUCUUCUGUCCCACCGGGACUCUCUUGUCAGCGCUUCGGCGCGACACAGAGGGAGUGCGCAAGAGAUUGACACCAACGGGAUUUGA